GACAUUUCUUGUUUUGCUUUUCCAACGUGCGCGAGAUCAUCUUUUCUCCAACUUACUUUGUGAUGAAUAUCAGUUAAUUUGCUGAAAUCUCUUGCGGAAACUUGGAAUUCAUCUUCCUGGCUUUGGUUUUCAGCAGUUUGUCACGAGAUGGCUUCAACAUCAACGGCGGAACCACCUCCGGAAGAAGUGGAAGCAGCCCAGCAAAAAGUGAUUGAAUUGGCGCAGGAAAAAUCAGGGAUUCUGUCGAAUAGUGACCUGAUGGAAUCCUUCCCGGAUAUGGCGCCGGCGGUGCGUGUGGCUGUGAUAAAUCGAAUGCUGCAGCAGGGAUUGGUGGAGUUACUCAAGAAGGGCAAUCAGCUGGCCUAUAGACUCGUGGAUCCUACGAAGAAAACCACAGCCCCCAAGGGAGCGGACAAUGAGGAGAAAAUUGUCUACAGCAUCAUCGAGGAGGGGGGUAACAAGGGGAUUUGGAUACGAGAUAUUCGCGUGAAGAGUAAUCUCAUUAUGACACAGCUCAACAAGAUUCUCAAGAGUUUGGAGAAUAAGAAGCUCAUCAAGGCUGUCAAGUCGGUGAAUGCGAGCAAGAAGAAAGUCUACAUGCUCUACAAUCUGGAUCCCGAUAGAUCCGUCACAGGGGGGUCCUGGUAUCAGGAUCAGGAUUUUGAGUCUGAAUUUGUGGAUGUUCUCAAUCAGCAAUGCCUGCGGUACCUCCAGAUGAGAACUGAGAGUGCUGCCCAAGGGAAAGAUGGGCCUCUGUUGGCUAAACAGAAGUCCCUGUGUUCUGUGUCAGACGUCCACACGUUCAUCAAGGAUUUGGGCAUUAGUAAAGUGAAUCUGGAUGAGGAGGAUUUGGAGACAAUCCUCAAAACUGUCGUGUACGAUGGAAAAGCUGAGAGAGUUGUUCAAAUGGAUGGAUCUUCUCUCUAUAGAGCCAUUAUUCCUGCCCUCCCACCACCGGGACUUGUUCAGAUGCCCUGUGGCAUUUGUCCAGUCAUCUCCAGCUGCUCCACAUACGGUCUGGUUACCCCUAAAACCUGCCAAUAUAUGUCAGAAUGGCUAAACUAAUAAAAUAAAUUUAUUUAAGAAAAAAACAAA